AUGGGAGUCCUGUCUGUCUGGGUACCAUCCCCAUGCCCUGAUGCAUCUGAGUCUGACCGGGAAGAGGAACCUGCACAGAAGGAUGACAAGGAAGGUGAAUGCUCAUCAUCAUCAUCUGAAGAUGAGGAGGAGAAGAGAAAGAAGAGGAGGAAGAAAAUGAAAAAGUUGGAGAAAAAACUCAAAAAGCUUCAAAAAGGUGAGGUAGCAGGAAAGAAGAAGAAAGACAAGAAAAAGAAAAAGAAGAAAAAGAAGAAUAGAAAGAAGGAAGUGGAGACCGCAUCAGGAAAUGACUCAGAUAAUGAAGUUCAAGAGCUCAGGGAAUAUGUGGCUAAAAAAAAAGCAGAGGAGGAUGAAGGAGAGGAAGUAGUUGGUCCCCAACCAAAGCAGAAUGUGACCUUGACUCAUAAGGACUAUGGAAAAGCAUUGCUUCCUGGUGAAGGUGCUGCCAUGGCUGCAUAUGUUGCAGAGGGGAAACGUAUUCCCCGAAGAGGAGAAAUUGGCCUCACCUCUGAAGAAAUUGCCUCUUUUGAGUCCGUUGGAUAUGUGAUGAGUGGUAGCAGGCAUCGGCGGAUGGAGGCUGUGCGUUUGAGGAAGGAGAACCAAAUCUACAGUGCUGAUGAGAAACGAGCCCUAGCAAUGUUCAACAAAGAAGAACGACAGAAAAGGGAGAACAAGAUCUUAUCACAAUUUCGUGAAAUGAUUCAUCAGAAGCUUGGAUCCUGAACCGAUGGGUUCUUUGAAGAUGGUACUAUGGUCUCAUUGGUUGAAACAUUGCUUUUCUUUCUAUCCUUCCUGCUGCUGCAACUUUUUCAUUUUUGUCCAAAUUUAGAGGGUUAUGAAAUCUGAGAGGCUUUCUUGAGGCAGGUGGUUAUAUUUGCAUUGAGACACAAUUCCCCAUUAUGAAACUUGCUUGCUCAAAGACAAGCUAAAAUGUCAAUUUCCAGCCAGCAUGAUUAUUUUGUCACUCUUUGGCAUGGAGUGACUUUUGGUUUUGCAGAUCACCCAUUGAUUGCAGUCCUCAUUCCCAUCAGUGUGAUUUUAAUUUUCUUCUAAGGCAGUGUGAAGGGAAAAAGAUGGGAUGUUAAUCCCUCUGGAAGAGGGAGGGAAACAUGAAAGUAUUAUUUUGAAAAUAUGUUUUUGUAGAUCUGCAGGCAUCUAUUGGAAGACUGUAAACUUGAAAACAGAUCAUCCUCAGUCAUGUUAUCUGACAUUGGUUGAAAAUAACUUGAGUUUCACAUUACCCAUCAGCAAUGAAAACUUCUUGAAGAGAAUGCUGUGUAAAGAAGCUCCUUAAGUGCUCAGAACAUUAUUAAAAAUUGGUCUGGAUAUUUUUUUUUUUUAGAGGAGUCAGAGAAAAUAAGUAGCCCAUGCCAUUAAACACCCUCUGUAUGGUCCAUUGGUCCAUUGCAGUUGAUGCCUUAUGAGGAAACAUGCAGGAAUAGAAUUUAGAUCUCAUGGUUGAUGUCUAUGCAGGAUAUAGUAUGUGAGAAGUUAUGCAAAGUAAAUGUAUCCCUCUCUCUACCUUGAAUAGGGAGGUAUUUUAAUUAACUCAUGUUGUAAGCUCAUGCAGGGGGAGGAAAAGACCAUUAGGCAUCCUGGGACUUAUUCUUCACUUUGAUGAAUGUAAGUCUGCAUCUAAUCUUAAAAUUUUCCAGAAAAUAAAAUAUUUCCUUCAUCUGUACAGAAUCUUAAUAUUAUUCAAAUCUGAAAGCAGUGUAAAGCAGAGUAACAAGUGGUCAAUGUACAUGUACAAUUAACCCUGUAACUACUGUUCUGGGUGCAAUGGACCCUGAUAUCAAAAUGUAGAGCUGAAUGCUGAAACCUCCUUCAGUUAAUGAUCAUUCAAGAAUCCAUGGACUCCUUUGGGAGGAAAAGAGCUCUUUACCUUAAAGGUCCUAUUAUCUCACCCAAAUGAGGUUUCAGCAUUUGUGCUUUAGCCAUUUUUGUAGGUUACAUCAUAACCUUGUGUGGUUAUUAAUGUGUAUUUUCAUGAAGAGAUUUGAUAGUAAAGCAUUUUGAAGAAGCUCUUUGGGAAUGAAGAGAUGAAACAGAGUUAAAUGUAUGACUACAGGUUCUGGUAGUUACAGGGUUAACUGUAAGAUGAAAUAUAGACCUAUAUUUUAUCCAUGUUUACUUUAAAUUCUGUUCAGAUAUAGUGAAGAUCUAGCCUAGAGUUUAGCCAAGGUGAGGAACAGGCCCCAGUAUCUGCUGUAUCCUGACUUGUCACUUCAUUCAAGUCAUCCCUAUUGUGAUGGUUAUGUUAUUAGCUAUGCACUAUUCUAAUCAGUUUCCUUUUGACAAAUGAAGAAAUGGAUCUCUUCAGUAUCCUGCAAAAGAGCUCAACAGUGGUAUGCUUCCCUGAAUCUGGAUAUCUGCUGCUGAAAUUGGCAAUAAAGAACUUCAUAACAGAGUAACAA